GGACACCUGCAGUCCGGCCGGGAUGGGCGCCCCACCUUGUGCACGGAAAUAGGGGGCGAGCCACCCCCGCCAACGCAGGCUCCGGUCCCGCUGCGGCCGCGUCGGGGCGACUUCUCACGCCUCACGCCCGGGUCUCAGCUCCUUUGUCUUUAAAAUUAAGGCAUUUGUGGAAGCCCCUGCCCCGAUAAUGGAUAAUGGCCAUCUUUGGGCCUAGGUAAUGACCUAAAAGGUGAGAGAAUUUUACUGCAUCCUCAUGUCGGUUUUCGACCUUGAAGGCUGUAAACUGGAGCCAGAAGUCUCUUGUAAUAGGAUUGGAAGGGUCGACUCAGAAGCAGAAAAAUGAUCUUGAAUAUUGAUCUUGGAUCUGAAUGAUUUUAUUUUCAAAGGAAAAUACCUAAUACCUAAAGAGGUAAAAAUGAGCUCUUCUGUGAGAAGAAAAGGAAAACCAAACAAAGGAGGUGGAAGAGGUGGUGGAAAAGGUGGAGGAGGCCGAGGUGGCAAGAGUCAUUUUGACAAAUCUCAAACUAGUGGCAGUAGAAAAGGCUCAAAUAAAAUUUGGGAUGAUGGAGAUGAUUUUUGUAUCUUCGAUGAUUCAAGAGUUUCAUCCAGAUCUGGCAGCAGCACGAACAAAGUCGGAGCACAACCAAAACGGAGGCCUAAAACCAGAGUGCCCUUACAAACGCUCCGUAUGACUUCUGAAAAUCAGGAAAAAGUCAAAGCUCUUCUUCGAGAACUCCAAGGACAGGAACCGGAGGCUGGAUUUGAAGGUGGUGCUUCUGGGGAAGAAGAAGAGUCUGAUUAUUGUGAUGAUGAACUGUACCGUUCUACCAGUCCAAAGUCUUCCCUUGUUUGUGACUAUACUGUUGGAGAACAUGCUAGCUCUGCAUUUGUGAAGCCUCACAUUCCUGAAUUGGAGGUAUCUCCAUUUGCAAUCCAGAAGCUCUCCAGAUAUGGUUUUAAUACUGAAUAUUGCCAGGAAGCAUUGAAAUCCUGUGAUGGUGAUGUUGGGGCCUCUCUGGAACAUUUGCUCUCUCAGUGUUUUUCAGAAAGAUAUGCAGAGAGGAUGGAGAUAUCUCCAGCAGCAUCCUGUGUCAGUCGAGAAGAGUGUAUGGAACAAAGGCAAGAAGAAGCCUUUGCUCUUCGAUCAAUUUGUGGAGAAAAAUUUGUAGAAAGAAUUCAGAACCGAGUCUGGACAAUUGGAUUAGAGUUGGAGCACCUAACAAAUAAACUCUGCAAAUCCAAACAGAGGAAAAGUGCCAAAAAUAUACAGACUUCACGUGAAAUCUGUCAAUUCUAUCUCCAAGGAAAUUGUAGAUUUGGAUCAAAAUGCAAAUUCAGACAUGAAAAUCCUUCAAGACACCUUUCAAGAAAAGCAGAGAGAUCCAUAGAUGAUUCUCAUCUUAGAUCUAAUGAAGAUGGCUCUUUUUUAUAUGAACUUGAAAUUAGAUUUUCUGAAGGUAGCAAGUAUCCCUUCCAAGCACCUCUGGUGGCUUUUUAUUCUACCAAUGAAAAUCUACCUCUGGCUUGUCGUUUACAUAUUUCUGAGUUUCUUUAUGGGAAGGCCCUGACAUUUGCUGAGACUGCUGAACCUGUAGUAUAUUCUUUGAUAACCCUUUUGGAGGAUGAAAAAGAAAUUGUCGAAUUAUUAACAAAUACUCAUCAUAAGUAUAGUAGUCCUCCAGUGAACUCAUUGCCAAUUUCUUCUGUGAACAGAACAAAUUAUGCUGCCAAUCGUAAACCAAUGAUUCCAAAUAGUUCCUUUGUUUCCAAUCCUGUGCCAGAAGUGAAGAGAGAACUGGAACCUGAUGAGGAGGAAGAUGAUGAUGAAGUUCUUACACCAGUUUUUGUAGAGAAUGAAAGCUAUGUCAACCUCAAGAAAAAGAUUUCCAGGAGAUGUGAUUGGCAGGCUAAGUCUAUAUGUCCUGAAAAUGCUAAAAUUUGCAAGGAGUUUCACAUAAAAAAGGCUUCCAGACAAUACCAGUCAAUUCUGCAAGAGAGACGAUCACUCCCUGCUUGGGAAGAAAGAGAAACCAUUCUUGAUUUGCUGAGCAAGCACCAAGUGCUUGUUGUGAGUGGUAUGACUGGAUGUGGGAAAACUACUCAGAUCCCUCAGUUUAUUCUGGAUGAUACUCUGUAUGGGCCUCCUGAGAAGGUAGCAAACAUCAUCUGUACCCAGCCUCGACGGAUCUCUGCUAUUUCCGUAGCUGAACGUGUGGCUAAAGAGAGAGCAGAAAAAAUAGGUUUUACUGUGGGAUACCAGAUCCGCUUAGAAAGCAUCAAGUCCUCAGCUACCAGGUUGUUAUACUGUACCACAGGAGUGUUGCUGAGAAGGCUAGAAGGAGACACAGCCCUACAGGGAGUCACCCACAUUAUUGUUGAUGAAGUUCAUGAAAGGACAGAAGAAAGUGAUUUCUUGCUUCUAGUUUUGAAGGAUGUUAUGUUGCAGAAUCGAGAUCUUCGUAUUGUUCUGAUGAGUGCCACUUUGAAUGCUGAGCUUUUCUCAGAAUACUUUAAUUCUUGCCCAAUUAUUAAUAUACCAGGGCGGACAUUUCCUGUUGAUCAGUUUUUUCUGGAAGAUGCAAUUGCUAUGACUAAGUAUGUGAUUGAGGAUAGCAGUCCAUAUAAGCGUUCCAUGAAGCAAAGUUCAGAGGAAAGAAAAGCAAGACGCAACAGAACUGCAUUUGAAGAAGUAGAGGAGGACCUGAGACGUUCCCUGCACUUCUUGGAUGAGAGCUCUGUCAAGGAUUCAGUGCCAGAUCAACAGCUAAAUUUUAAGCAGCUUGCAGCUCGUUAUCCAGGAUUUAAUAAAUCUGUAAUCAAAACAAUGUCAAUGAUGGAUCUAGAAAAGGUUAACCUUGAAUUAAUAGAGGCCUUACUAGAAUGGAUUGUAGAUGGAACGCACUCAUACCCACCAGGUGCUGUAUUAGUAUUUUUACCAGGACUAGCAGAAAUUAAAAUGCUUUAUGAACAGCUACAGUCUAAUCCUCUCUUCAACAACAGACGGAGUAAGCGGUGUAUCAUUCUUCCACUUCACUCAUCUUUGUCCAGUGAAGAACAGCAGCUUGUGUUUGUUAAACCUCCCAAAGGAGUAACCAAGAUCAUCAUUUCCACCAACAUUGCAGAGACAUCUAUUACCAUUGAUGAUGUUGUUUAUGUAAUUGAUUCUGGGAAAAUGAAGGAAAAGAGGUAUGAUCCAAGCAAAGGGAUGGAAAGUCUAGAGGAUACAUUUGUGUCUCGAGCUAAUGCUCUGCAAAGAAAAGGCCGAGCAGGGCGUAUUGCCUCUGGAGUCUGCUUCCAUUUAUUCAGUAGUUAUCACUACAAUCAUCAACUUUUGAAACAGCAGCUGCCAGAAAUCCAAAGAGUGCCACUGGAACAGCUGUGCCUCAGAAUUAAAAUUUUGGAGAUGUUUACUGAUCACAGCCUUCAGUCUGUAUUCUCUCGACUUAUUGAGCCGCCUCGAAUUGAGUCUCUCCGAACCUCUAAAGUUCGACUUCAAGAUUUGGGAGCUUUAACUCCAGAUGAAAAAUUGACCCCCCUGGGUUAUCAUUUGGCUUCUUUACCUGUGGAUGUGAGAAUUGGCAAACUCAUGCUAUUUGGUGCCAUCUUCCGUUGUCUGGAUCCAGCCUUAACAAUUGCAGCUAGUUUGGCCUUUAAGUCCCCUUUUGUGUCUCCCUGGGAUAAAAGGGAAGAAGCAAAUCAGAAAAAACUGGAAUUUGCAUUAGCAAACAGUGAUUAUCUGGCCCUCCUUCAGGCAUAUAAGGGUUGGAGGCUUUGCAUCAAAGAAGGCGCUCGUGCAAGUUAUAAUUACUGCAGAGAGAACUUUCUGUCAGGAAGAGUUCUGCAGGAAAUUGCCAGCCUUAAACGUCAGUUCACAGAAUUAUUAUCAGAUAUAGGAUUUGUGAAGGAAGGAUUAAGAGCAAGAGAUAUCGAGAAGAGAUGGGCCCAGGGUGGAGAUGGUGUAUUGGAUGCCACUGGAGAGGAGGCAAACUCAAAUGCUGAGAAUAUCAAGUUAAUAUCAGCAAUCUUAUGUGCAGCCCUGUAUCCAAAUGUAGUACAGGUGAAAACUCCAGAAGGAAAAUAUCAAAAGACCAGUAGAGGAGCUGUUAGAAUGCAACUCAAAGUAGAUGAAUUGAAGUUUGUCACCAAGAAUGAUGAUUAUGUCCACAUACACCCUUCUUCAGUGAACUAUCAGAUGAGACACUUUGAUAGCCCCUACCUGGUGUACCAUGAGAAGAUCAAGACCAGUCGAGUGUUCAUCCGAGACUGUAGCAUGGUGUCUGUGUACCCACUGCUCUUGUUUGGUGGAGGCCAGGUGAACGUGCGGCUUCAAAGGGGAGAGUUUAUUGUAUCCCUGGAUGAUGGUUGGAUUCGUUUUGCAGCUGCCUCCCAUCAGGUGGCAGAGUUGGUUAAGGAACUUCGUUGUGAACUUGACCAGCUUCUUCAAGAUAAGAUCAAGAACCCCAGCAUGGAUCUUAGCACCUGCCCAAGAGGAUCACGAAUUAUCAGCAUGAUUGUGAAGCUUGUUACUACCCAGUAAUAGAUGGCCAUGUUAGUGGAAUGCUUUUCUCUUACCUGUUUAUAAUUCUCCUAGGAAAUAACAGUACCUCUACCUUUGGAAUUGUUCCAAGGUGGUUUUAGCCUUGGUAAUGGCACCCAUUGUUUACAAAUACACGAAUCAGCAAAAUUGUACUUUUCUGAAGAGUUUCCAGGAUAUAUUGAGGUACUGCAACCAAAAGUAUGGACAAUCCAGUGUAACUUGUUGGGGUGAUAAUGAUGAGACACAUUAUAACCAGUUUUGCCUGUUUUUUUUUCUAUUAACAGCUACAUUUUUGUAUUGUAAUACGAUACAAUCUCAUUUUUAAUGAGAUUCAGCUGGUAAAACAAACACAAUUUUAAUAUAUUCUUACUUUUAAGCUGUUAUUUUUUUUCCAACUCAGCCAUUCUGAUUAUCAUGAGUCCUGGUAAAAGUACCUAUUGCUUGUUUGCAAGGCAAAGAUCCUGUUGACAGACCAAUUAGAAUAAAGAACAGUACAAAUCAUGUUAACAGGGAAUAGAUAAGACCUAUUUGGAGAUUCUCGAAAUUGUGGCUACUUGAUUUAUGAAAUAUUAAAAGGUCAGUUUAGGAAACAAUGCUAAUGAGAAUGAAUUAUGUGCUGAAACACGCAUGAGCUGGUUUAGUCAUUUAGCACUCACUGUUACUAGAAACUAGACAAAAUAUGGCUGCCUUCCUGUGUGGCUAUUCCCCAAAAUACUAUCUUCAUCUCUCCAUUUAGAGGUUUUGUUUUAAACUGAACUUCAUCUGAUAAAAAUCCAUUUUCACAUGUGAAGUGUAGUUAGCAAUAAUCAGUAAAGCAAGACCGCUAUAUUUUAAGUAGAAAACAUUGUUUUUAUUCUUAAGUAGUUUAGCAUUUUAUGUCUGUAAAUGCAUCUUCAGUUAUACCACUGCUUCUUUAAUGAUGCAUUAACAUUUGGGAAAGUAGAGAUUUACACUUUCCAUCCCAUUUAUCAGAAGUGUGGCCAUAACAAUUAAAUGACUGAAUGGAAGAAUACUUAAAUUUUUUGUGCGAUCAGUUAGUAAACAUUGUCAUCCUUUCAAAUUUUAUCAGUGUUCUCUGAAAACUUAUCAGCUAGCCACAUUAGUGGUGGUAGAUCAUUUUUACUAACCUUUAUAGGAAAUUUCUCAGAUUAUCCACAAUGAUCGUUACCAACAUGUUUACGAUCACAUCUUAUUAAAGUGUUUAAAUUUUAGGAGGAAACUUGAAUAGCUUGUUUAAGUCACCAUAUAAAAAGAACAAGUAAUUCCAUGCAAUUCAUUUAAAUAAAAACAAAGAUAUUUCUAUGUCUAAUAACAUAAAACCUAAAUUAUAGUUUGUGCUUCCUCUUGAACUAAAUAUCAAAAUAUGAAAAAUACUAGAUUCACACAUUUAGAAGAAGUAACUAGGGAUACUGAAUUACUUCUUUAGACCAUUGGCACAAGGAAGCUAGCACUGCCAUUUUUAACAAUGUAUGUAUGUGGGCCUUCUGUCCUUGGCACUGUUGUUACUAUACAUAUCACAUAUAUUUAGUAGGUAGCUGACAAGUAUUGCUAUGUGACUUAAGGAAUUUUAUUAAGGUGAGUAAUGCCUUUUAUAAGCAUGAAUCUUUUUAAGAUUAAACAUUAAAAUCAUGAUAUAAGAAAUUAUAUAGGAACACUUUUACAAAUGAAUAAUAGAAUAUCAUGUGCUACUUCAAGGUAAAUUUUUGAUUUUUUUUUUUUAAACACCAACAAGAUAGGUAGUUGGUAUUUAGUAUGAUUUUAAGGAGCGCUUGCUAAAUGGUUUAUUAAAAUCAAAUAUUUAUUUUACUAUUAUUGGUAUUUAAAAAUAAUAAAGUAUUUGUCAUUCAUUAGUAUGCCCUGAUGUUUGUGCCAUGAAUAUUAUACUGUUAGCUUGUAGGAAAGUUUCAACAUGGCUGAAAACUUAUGGAUGUAGUUGUGGGACAUGGGGGUGUCAAUAAUGUAGUAUCUUCAUCUCUCUGCUCCUAUUCCAUAUUUGAAUGGAAAGGAAAAGACAAAGAAAGGAUGGGACCACUGCUCUUUUGCUUUUGUUUUCUCCAUCAAAGAAGAGGAUCUUCAGACUGGAGUUUAUUAAAAAAAAAAAAAAAAAAAAA